CACGCCUGUCAGUGACCACCUCCUCCCUUUAAAAAAUAAGAACAAGGAACGCCAAAAGAUAUCCAGCGAUUUUUCUCGCCAGAGAGAAGAAAGGAAGAAGCGAUUUUUCCCGUCAGAGAGAAAGAGAGAGAAGGAAAGAAGGAAAAAUAAUCCGUAUUAGGGAAAAAGAGAGGAAGAAAGGGGGCGAGGGCGGCGGCAAAGAUCGCUAGAAUCCUCCACUACUGAUCGCCUUGCCAUCGCCGUACCGCUGCCCUCCGCUGCACUGGGGCUCGGAUUCCGAUCCGGAUGGUGGUCUUUUGGCGAGGAAUGGUUGGGGAUUCGAGGUUUUUCUGAGUUCUUUUGUGGGGUUUAGAGCUCGUUGGGCGUCUCUUCCUGCUGUAAUUCGUACGGAUCUGGGGGGAACUGGAGUAGCAGCAGCGAGAUUUGGCUGGAGGAAUUGUGGCUCUGGAGCGGGAAGCCAUGGCUCCGUGGUUCCUCUGGUUGGUCCUGAUCUUCCACCCCCUGGCUAGGGUUCUUGCUAACAUGGAAGGUGAUGCAUUGCACGAUUUGAAGACCAACCUAAAUGAUCCAAAUAAUGUGUUGCAGAGUUGGGAUCCGACCCUGGUCAAUCCAUGCACGUGGUUCCAUGUUACUUGUAAUAAUGAUAAUAGUGUUAUUAGAGUUGAUCUUGGAAAUGCACAGUUAUCUGGUACAUUGGUCCCUCAACUUGGUCUUCUGAAAAACUUGCAAUAUUUGGAACUUUACAGUAACAAUAUAAGUGGGACAAUUCCUAGUGACCUCGGAAAUCUGACAAAUUUGGUGAGCUUGGAUCUGUACUUGAACAACUUCACUGGUGGAAUACCCGACUCACUGGGAAAGCUAAUAAAACUGCGUUUCCUCCGGCUUAACAACAAUAGCUUAUCAGGCCCAAUUCCUCAAUCUUUAACCAAUAUUACUGCACUCCAAGUUCUGGAUUUGUCAAACAACAACUUAUCAGGAGGAGUUCCAUCAACUGGAUCCUUUUCUCUAUUCACCCCUAUCAGUUUUGCUAACAAUCCUCUAUUAUGUGGUCCGGGUACAACAAAGGCUUGUCCUGGUGCUCCUCCAUUACCUCCGCCACCUCCUUUUAUUUCUCCAUCACCACCCUUAUCUCGAGGAAGUAGUGCCUCUAGCACUGGAGCAAUUGCUGGGGGAGUUGCUGCUGGUGCUGCUCUGCUAUUUGCUGCACCUGCUAUUGGAUUUGCAUGGUGGCGCCGUCGUAAGCCGCAAGAAUAUUUCUUUGAUGUGCCUGCUGAAGAGGAUCCAGAAGUUCACUUGGGCCAGCUCAAAAGGUUUUCUCUGCGAGAACUACAAGUUGCUACCGAUAAUUUUAGCAACAAGAACAUUUUGGGCAGAGGUGGGUUUGGAAAGGUCUACAAAGGACGUCUUGCAGAUGGUUCAUUGGUGGCGGUAAAGAGGCUAAAAGAAGAGCGCACGCCAGGUGGUGAGCUUCAAUUUCAGACAGAAGUUGAGAUGAUUAGCAUGGCUGUGCAUCGAAACUUGCUUCGGCUUCGUGGGUUUUGCAUGACACCCACCGAACGUUUGCUGGUAUACCCCUAUAUGGCUAAUGGAAGUGUUGCAUCACGCUUAAGAGAGCGGCUACCAUCUGAACUGCCACUUGAUUGGCCAACUCGGCGAAGGAUUGCUUUGGGAUCUGCAAGGGGGCUGUCGUAUUUGCAUGAUCAUUGUGAUCCAAAAAUUAUUCAUCGUGAUGUCAAAGCUGCAAAUAUUUUAUUGGAUGAAGAGUUUGAGGCAGUUGUUGGAGACUUUGGCUUGGCCAAGCUUAUGGACUACAAGGAUACCCAUGUAACAACUGCAGUUCGUGGAACAAUCGGACACAUUGCUCCUGAGUACCUAUCUACAGGAAAGUCCUCAGAGAAGACAGAUGUUUUUGGAUAUGGAAUCAUGCUUUUGGAACUGAUUACAGGGCAGAGGGCUUUCGAUCUUGCGAGGCUUGCAAAUGAUGAUGAUGUCAUGUUGCUGGACUGGGUAAAAGGACUUCUGAAAGAGAAAAAGUUGGAGAUGUUGGUGGACCCGGAUCUCCAGAAUGACUAUGUGGGGGCUGAAGUGGAGUCACUCAUCCAAGUUGCUCUGUUAUGUACUCAGGGCUCCCCAAUGGAGCGGCCGAAGAUGUCAGAGGUGGUGAGAAUGCUCGAAGGCGAUGGCCUUGCUGAGAGAUGGGAGGAGUGGCAGCAGGUUGAAGUCGUACGCCAAGAAGUAGAGAUUUCUCCACUUAGUCGCAACUCUGAAUGGAUCAUAGACUCUACCGACAACCUUCAUCCGGUCGAAUUAUCUGGCCCCAGAUGACUUCAUGAUGAAGUUGAGAAGAGGAAAUUAUUCAUCGCUCCAUCUAUUUGUCCACUUACCAUCUUCUGUAAGCCCAUCCUUUAAUCCACGUAAAAUCACUUUUGUGCAUAUGAAUCUGUGGGGCCCUUGUAUUGUCCCGGGUAAUUUGUUGAUGUGUAAUUUUUUUUCCUUUUUCAUGAAAACACAUGGCAACUACCUUCAGGAGGCGAAUUUCCUCUCUGCAAGGAGGUGUCAUAUGUUGAUGACGUCUGUAGUAACAUAAUCUUUUCGUGGCAAAAAAAAAGGAGACAACACUUUGUGCCAUGCUA